UACCUCCAGACUUUGAGGAAGAACUGGCGGACUGUACAGCUGAGCUGGGAGAGACAGUCAAGCUGGCUUGCAAAGUCACAGGAGCUCCCAAGCCAUCCAUCAGCUGGUUCAAAGAUGGGAAGCCUGUAGAGGUGGAUCCCCAUCACAUUAUAAUAGAAGAUCCUGAUGGUUCCUGCACAUUGAUCUUGGACAACCUCACAGGCGUUGACUCAGGACAGUACAUGUGCUUUGCUUCCAGUCCUGCUGGAAAUGUCAGUACCUUGGGAAAGAUCCUUGUUCAAGUGCCGCCACGGUUUGUGAACAAGGUUAGAAAUGCUUAUUUUGUGGAGGGUGAAGAUGCUCAGUUUACCUGUACCAUCGAAGGAGCACCUAGACCUCAAAUCAGAUGGUACAAAGACGGUGUACUGUUGAAGGACACCAGUAAAUACCAGACUUUCAGUGAACCACGGAGUGGCAUAAUAGUCCUAGUGGUUAAGAACCCUUCCAAUGAAGAUAUGGGACACUAUGAAUGUGAGCUGGUGAACAGAUUAGGGUCUGCAAAAAGUGGAGCAGAACUUUACCAUCACAGUGCUGCAGCCCUGACCCAGGAGAGGAGAGGAGACCAAGCCAUCACCAUAGAAGGUAUGAUCCUUGACCAGCUCCUCACUGAACAAGAGACUAAAGUGCCCAAGAAAACCAUCAUCAUACCGGAGCCAACUCCCGAGCCAGUUUACACUUCAAAGAUCCGGCAACCUGUCCACAGGCAUGAGCAGGAGGCAAUGCCAAAGUCUGCUGUUCCUGUGCUUUUCGUCACAGAACCAGAGGACAGGCAAGGAGCAGCAGCUGGAGAUGUCGUCACAGAGACCAAGGUGGAGGAGAAAAAGCCUAAAUGGGUUGAGGUGGAAGAAAUAAUUGAAUUCAAGGUGAAAAAGUCACCCAAACCUGCAAGGAAAAGAGGCUCUUCCCCAGCAAAACAAGACAAAGAUGACUCAGGGGUGUUAACGUUCACUUUUCCCAGCUCAAGGCCUAGGCAUUCCCCAGAAGAUGAUCCAAACACAAACAACUCCAACAAUAAGUUGGUGGAACAACCAAAAUCUUUGCCUAAUGACAGUCUCUCUGAAGCUGAUCUCCAGCCCCUGGCGUAUGCAACUGAGGAGGAAGGACCUCAAGCCAGCAACGAAGAGAGAAGCUUCCCAUGUGGGUCUGAACAACUAGAAAAUAAUUCAUUUAUGGAAUAUGGAACUGAAGAAAAGAGCUUCCCACAGGAAACAACUGCUCACUACGGGUCAGACGUUGCUUCCCCGCUGCUUGCCUGUGGGGGUGAGCCUUUGCUCUUCAGUUUUGAGACAGCGGCUGGAGACCAGCACGGACUUCUGUUCUCACCAGAGAGUCCAGAGGUUACAGAGGAGGCAGAUGAAUUAAACGUGUCUUGGCCUGUUGAAGAGGGAGUACCUCAAGUCAUAGAAGAUGUCCUUCCAGAAGAGGACAAUGUCAUUAUAGUUGAUGAACCAGAGGAACUACAGGUAGAUGACCUUAGCACCCGGGACCGCAAAAUCUUAACCCACAAUGGCAAAUUAUUAACUUUGGAGGAUCUUGAAGAUUACGUUCCUGAAGAAGGUGAGACCUACGGGUGUGAGGAUCAGAGCCAUACGGCAGAGAAACCCUGCGAGAUCUCCGUGCUCCAGACAGAGAUCAAUGACCCCAUGAUUGGGAAGCCAGUGCUGCUGAAUCUGGGGAGACCUGUGGUUUCCCAGCCCAGGCAAAGAUUUUUCAGCCAGUUUGAGGAGCACGUUCCUGGAGGCAUGUUCAUGUCAACAUCUAGAGUAACCGGCGUACAGUCUGUAGGCCCCUCAAACAUCUCUUUCCAUGUGAGUGAUACCUGCGUGGCAAUGACACCCGGAGUGCACGGAGCAACAGCAGCAGCUUCUCCUGGUCCCUCCUUCACGGUGAAGCCAUCCUUCUGCACCGAAGUCCAGCGCUCAGCAGACAACGGACAGUCAAGCUUUAAAACUGAAGUUUCCACGAGAACCCUCAGCUACGGGACUGUUGGAAUGACUUCCCCACAGUCAGAGAUGGAGACUUCUGUCCAGGCCUCGCUCCAGCGUGCUGAUAAGGAAAUCAAGACAGCUCUAAAGAAACUCGUGGACUCGGCAUCGUUGCUGGUGACUCUUCCCCCAGGGAUGCGAGGAGGAGCCAGUGGCCUUGGUCUUCCUGGGUCUGUUCCUUCAGAACACUCAGAAACAGCAUCCGGGCCAUCAAUGCUAGUUCAUGAAGCCAGCACCCAAACCCAGACUGCUGGAGGUCAUGACAAAGCACAAAGGCAGAUUUCAGCUGAAGAACCAAACGUGCUGAAGUCCAGCCCCAGUCCUUCCCGUGAAGAGACGGCUGCUGGAGGUGAAAGCUCUCAGGAGCGCACUGUUCCUAUUACCAGAACACCGCCAGCUGCAGGGGCAGAAGACUGGUACAGAAGAGAGAGAGAUGUGGUCUGGGAUAUACACAGUGAAGUUUAUAUUGAGACCACAGAAAGAACUUGUGUGUAUAAGACUGAUGAGAAGACCCCAACAAGUCCUCCCUAUAUGCAAGUGACAAUAGAGGAUGUGCAGGUGAAUUCUGGAGAGCGUGCCAAAUUUCAGGCAGUCAUUGAAGGAACCCCUCAGCCUACUGUUUUGUGGUUUAAGGGCACUUCACUGCUGACAGACAGCAACAGGGUCCAUCAAGGGAAGGAAGGAACAACAUAUUUCUUAGUUGUGGAUGAUGCUGUCUCAGAAGACGGUGGUGUUUACACCUGUGUUGCCAAAAAUGCAGGAGGGGAGGUUUUGUGCAAAGCAGAGCUUAUCGUACAUGAAGGUAAGAAAGACCAAGCAGCAAAGAAAGUGGCCACCAGGAGAAAGCUCCAUUCCCUUUAUGAGGUUAAGCAGGAGAUCGGCAGGGGCUGCUUCAGCUUUGUGAAACGGGUUGUCCACAAAGGGAACAGAGUGUCUUGUGCUGCCAAGUUCAUACCUCUGCGAAGCAAAACGAAGGCUCGAGCGCAUCAGGAGAGGGAUAUUCUUGCCUCUCUGUCCCACGACAGAAUUACCAGGCUCCUGGAUCAGUUUGAAACGCGGAAAACGCUGAUUUUGAUUCUGGAGUUAUGCUCCAGCGAAGAGCUCCUCGACCGUUUAUUCAAGAAGAGUGUUGUCACUGAAGCAGAGGUCAAAUUGUAUAUCAAGCAAAUUUUGGAAGGAAUCAAAUAUCUUCACGACAACAACGUCCUCCAUUUGGACAUUAAGCCGCUGAAUAUCCUCAUGGUUUAUCCUGAAAGGGAAGACCUGAAGCUCUGUGACUUUGGGUUUGCUCAGAAGAUCACACCCUUUGAGCCUCAGUUCAGCAAAUACGGGUCUCCGGAGUUUGUUGCCCCAGAAAUUGUUUCUCACUCACCAGUGUCAAAAGCAACUGAUAUCUGGGCUGUGGGAGUCAUCACAUAUUUAAGCUUGACGUGCAAGUCUCCAUUUGCUGGGGAGAACGACAGAGGAACCCUUCUAAACAUCCAGAACAGGGAAAUUUCAUGGACCAUUCCUGAUUUUGUUCACUUGAGUGAAGACGCAAAGGACUUUAUCAAAGGGAUCCUACAGCAGCAGCCCAUAGCCAGGCCUAGUGCUUCGGACUGUCUUUCCCACAGAUGGUUCAUGCAUAAUCUCCCCCUCGAAGCAGCUCAUUUCAUUAAUACCAAGCAGCUCAAAUUCAUCGUGGCUCGGAGCAAGUGGCAGCGAUCUCUGAUGUGCUAUAAAUCCAUCCUGGUAAUGCGGUCCAUCCCAGAAAUCCUAGAAAGGACUCACGACAACACCUCCUUGGCCAUCUCCCGACAUCUUAUUGAAGAGAGCACUUCGUCCAGUACCAGCGGCUCCUCUUCGGACAAUGAGAACUCGCAUUUCCCCAAGAAGAGGCACUUUGGCUCCACACCUGAACUGCACUUGUCCAUAUUUGAUGCACCAAGCCAUCAGGAGCCUCCAAAGCACGCAAGUGAAGAGAAGCACUCCAAAAUCUCAGUUCUUCCAGUAAAACCCAUGAGGAGGAAGUAUGCUUCAAUGAAAGCUGAGGUGGGGGACAAAUCACCUACAGAAAGCAAAGAGCUCAUGGAAAGUAUCUUAAAAGAGAAAGAGGAGGGGCUGCAUCCCAGACUUCAAGAUGAAAGAGCAGAGCAGUCCCAAAGAAGCAGUGGAGCUGAACCUUCUUCAGUGAAGGCUUCCACAGAAAGUACAUCACAUCUACGUCAGGAAGAAAAACCAGACAUUUUUAUAUCUGAUAAGGACAAAAGUGACAAGGCUGGGGAUGGGACAGAAAAGCCAGCCGUCUGUGUUCCUAGACAGAGCGUCAUUAAAAGCACUUUCUACAGCCAAGCGGCUGAGCUACCUGCAAGGGGACCUUCCUCACCGGGCAGGGAGUUCAGAAGACACCUGGACAGAGCCAGAAGGACUUUCCGGAAAGCUGGAUAUUCGAAGGUGCCCAUCAGUGGUCUCCGUGAACCUCUUCUAGAGCAGUUUGAACUGGAAGAAGAAGAAGAAAAGUCUGAUGAUGGAGAUGAUCGCAGGGAAAGUCUGCUUGGUUCCUUGACCAAAUCAGCUUCCUUUGAUACUGCAAGGAAACCACCACAUCCUGCCAUCGCUGGAGCGAGCCGAAGCCGUUCCCUGGAUGACUACAGGCUGAGAGCCUCAAGAUCAGUGAGGGAACAACAUAUUUUGGAAGAGGACUGCGAUAUAAUGCCACAGGAAAGUUGCCCUGAAGGCAGUGACCACUGCGACAUUUCUGCAGGGCCUGGCAAGAGACGGUCUGCAGACGCUUCAAAGCAAGAGGACUUUAGGAGAACCAGCAAGGAUUGUUCAGCAGAGCAGCCUUCUUCUUCCACACAAUGCGAGGGUAAUGGGUGCCCGGCUGUUUCUGUGCAACAGCUGGAGAGACUUCCAAUGUCACCUCAUCGGAGCGAGAAUAAGAAGCAUUUACUCAAGAAGUCAAAAGCUACUUACAUGGAGGAGGAAGCUGAAGAUUUGGAAGGCAAAAGCCCCAUUCUAACUGCCCAGUGCUCAAAUCUAGCUGCACCAUCAGCUCCAAAACAUGAAAGCAUAGAGGCUAAAUCUGCCCCUGGCAGCGCCUCUGACACUGCUUUUCAGGAGGACAAACAGUCCAUCGCAACUCCCCUGCAGUCAGAGACCACCUCCGAGUCAGGUCCUACAAGUGAGGGAGGUGUGUGUGUGCCCCAGGAAUCUGCUCACAGCACCGACAGCCAUCUGGAUGUAAAAGGUGGAAGCUUUCUUACCAAAAGGACAGCCCCAGUUCCACCUUGGGAAGAGAAAAGGCAGAAACGUUCCCAUGAGAAGCCUUCUGCUCAGAGUGUUGCCAAAUCUGAUCUCACGGAGCACGGAAGGUCUGUUGUUUUAACAAGCCCACAAAGAGGAACCACUUCAGUUCCAGUAAGUAAAGACCAAAGUCAGGAAAUUCCUGAUCAAAGUGUCCCAGCUACUACUGCCUUGGAAGGCAAACGGUCAGGUACCCUGACUGCUCCACAAACAGCGGAUGAAGGCGCUCAUCAGAAGCCACAGACCUACAAAGAGGUGAGCUCUGCUGUCCUAGAGGAUGAAGGACCAGGUAUUGCAGAAAUGACUCCACUGUCAGCCCAUGAUGGUGAAAGCCAAGCAUACACGAGGGCUCCUGGUCAUGUAGACACAGCUCCAGCCAUCCUGGAAGGAGAGCGUCCCAUCGUUCCAAAAGUCCCACCACCGAAAUCGAUGCAGACUUCGGCCUCCGAAGGAACGUGGCAAGCUCGUGGCAAGGAGAAGCUUGCUGCUCUGAGGAGUGAAGGUUCAGCUGCCACAGAGGUUGUCCCCAGUUUGGCCCAUGAGGCUGAAGUCGAGGGAGCUAAACCCCAGAAGGUUUCUGAAGGCAGUGGCAUGGUACCUACUGUCCUGGGGAGCAGACACCCAACUAGAACUGGGUCCACUCAAGAUAUCGGCCUCCCUUCAUUUUGUGAGGGUGAAAAGCCAGAACAUCCAAAGGCAUCACUUCGCAGAGAGGUGAGAUCUGUUGUGACAGCGAGUGGAAGCCCAGCAGCUGGACAGAUUAUGCCUGCUCCUUUCCCCAAGGCUGGACAUCGGGUGUCUGAGCAACACAGAGCUGCCCAUCCCAGUGGCAGAGUUUCUGCUGCUCCGGAGGGUGGAUCUGCAGGUGCCUUAGCAGCUUCACAGCCAGAAGUUACUCCAGCUUCAGCCUAUGAGCUACUAUACGAGGAAUAUCCAGAAGUUUACGGUGAAGGUAGAGGUGUUGCCUUAGAAAGUGAAAGCUGUGAUGCUGCAAGAACUGUCCCACCAUCGUUCCGCAGGGAUCAAAGUCAGGAUCUCUCACAUCACAGGUCUUCUUUUUACAGCGAUGAGGAAUCUGCUGUGCUGGAGGGCUUAGUGGAGGACAUGGUUUCCCUCUCUGAAGAGAUGAACAUUUGGGCAGAGUCAGUUUCUGGUGAGGAGGAAUGCAGAAAGCACAUCUCUCCUCCCACAGAGAUGUUCUACAAAGGCCCAGGUAGCCAAGCACCCACAGACACCUCCUUCCCUUCUGGACAAGGGGGUAAGAGCAGAAAAGUCUCUGAGCUGGAUGACUUUGCAGAACCCUAUCUUGCUGUGAGUGAGGAGUCAGCAGUACUGGAAGGGCAGGGAGAACAGACGGUUCCUCAUGAAUGUGAGGAUCUGGAGGACUUAGCGUUUGAGACCCCCCCUUCUAGCCAAGUGAGCGUUUCCUCAACAGAUAGCUUGGACACUGGAAAAAGACCCGGUCAAGUGUCAGUGAGCAAGGACACUGGUAAACACCCAGAAGUUUCUUUAGUGAAAAUCAAAGACCUGUCGGACGAAACACCCAGUCUUGGCAGUGGAACUCCCAAACUUGACAUAUCAGAGGUAGAGCCUGCCUACUUGAAUUUCUCUGACUUGUACGACAUUGUCUAUUUUCCAUUUGAAUUUCUGAACUAUAGGAAGCCAUCACCACCCAAACCAACUGGUAGACGGUUUAUACCUUUUGGUGAAAGGGCAAGGUCACCUCCUGCAGGACAUGUGCAUAAAGAGAAAAAACUGUGCAUCAGAGAAGCAGCAGAGGACAAGAACAGGAAGAACCGUUUGGAAAUAUCUGAGGAUUCAAAGGCAACUAACUUAUUAGCCAUGGGGAAAGGGGCAGAGAGUCAUAAAGAAAUGUAUGGUGCCCAAAAGGACUCAAGUGGUAAGCAGAAAAGCUCCUUCUACAACAAGCCAGGACUCUUUAAGCCAUAUGCAAGGUCUCAUUCAGUGGAGCAGUCAGUGGAGCAGAGUCUGAAGAAGAAAGUAAAAGCUUCCGUUGCCCAUAUUUCAAGAAUCCUAAAAGGAAAGACAUCUCCUGAGCCAGAGGAAGAGUUUGGUGAGCUGGGAAGUGAGGCAGUAGAAAAAGAGCUGUUAACAGGGGCUGAAGGACCUCUGAAGAGGAAAUCAGCACUCUCUUCGUUCAAGUUGUCCAGCCUCAUGCCAAAGGAGAAAGCCCCUUCCUUCGUUGAGGAGCUCAUCGAUCAAGCUGCUGCUGUCGGACAGUGUGUGAUGUUGUCCUGCCGGACCACAGCUCACUCGUCCCUGCACAUCAACUGGUUCAGAGACGGGAUACCUGUUCACAGCAGCAGUCGGAUCCUCAUCUCAGCCACACUCAAGAAUUUCCAGCUGUUAACUAUCCUUUCUGUUAAUGCCGAUGAUUUUGGUAUUUACACGUGUGUGGCCACAAACUCCCUGGGCUCAGCAUCCACCUCUUGCAUCAUAAGAAAAGCAG